AUGACGGGUAAGACUCUGAACUUGAGCCAUUCCAAAACGGUGGUUUUGAUCUGGUUCAUCUCCGCUUUCUGCUUCUUCACCUUGUUCAAAAUGGCCCUCUACAACUCAUCACAAACUCCUUCAUCAACGUCUUUAGAUUCUCCAAAUUCAAACACGGGGCAAAGAUCAAAGUUGUAUGAUAAGAUGGGGAGAGAUCUGGAUGAGCAUGGAGCUGCUUUCCUGAAACAUGGUGAAACCUCUCAGUCAUUGUCUCUUUCCGAUAUAUUCACACUGAAGGAUGGAUCUGUAACACCUGCUCUGAAGCCAGCAAAUCCUCCUGUGCGGGCUAAUGUAUUGUAUUUGAGCACUGAAUUCUCUGUACCUAUCGCGGAGGCUGUCAAAAAUGUUUUUAAUCCAUACUUUGAUAAAGCAAUCUGGUUUCAGAACUCUAGUCUGUACCAUUUUAGCAUGUUCCAUGCCUCCCAUCAUAUUGUACCUGUACCUGCCACCAAAGAAGAGAUAGAAGCUGAAGCAUCUUCUGUGGAAGUUGUUGCAGCAACACUCUGCCCUUUGAAAAUUGUUUUGGAUAGGGUUUUGACUUCAACUGGGGUGCUCCUGGGUUGCUGGCAGGUCAUCACGGGGACAGAUCCCAUAACCAUUCGUGCUAACUUGAAGAAUGCACUUCCACAUGCAUCGGAGAAGCAACUUUAUGAUGCUGCAAUUCUCCACCUGUCAUUUGCAAGGCUUUUGGGUCUACCUAAAGCAUUAUCACCUUCGAUAAUAUGUUCUACAGAACAGCUUAGAAUGUCAGAUGGUGUCCAUUUUUUCCACGACCUAGUUUAUCGACUUAACAGUCAGAUUCAUGGAUUCAAGGUUUCGGUGGUGUCAGAGCUCUUGUACGUUGAGGAAUAUGAUGUGCUAGCCCUUGCUCUAAAUGGAAGAAUGAACACUCGCAAAUUCAGACUUGGGUGCUCAAAAGAAUGA